AUGGCGGGCUUCGGGUUUGAUGGGCCGGAGGAAGGGGAAGGAGAGGGGGAGGGGGAGAAAGAAGGUCAAGAUGUGGAUGCGAAUGAGGGUGGGCAUGGGGAUGAGACUCUCAGAACCCGAGAACCCCUAAAUAGAAUCAGCAUACUUUGCAGCCCAAACCGUACCACACACGCAAAACCCUUCGUCCAACAAACAGACGUUCUAAGGCUUUACCACCGCUCUGGCGGGCAGCAGAUGUCCCAGACACUUGCAGUUUAUCGUCAUCUGCGACAAUGA